AAAGUACACCCUAAUGUAAACAAGUGGCUCGGCAUCAGCUGACGAAGAUGUUCAGGCGCAAAAUGCAGUCUGUUUUGGUGUUGUCAUUGCGUAAGCAGUCUGAUUUCAUACCCACAGACAGGUGGGACGCCGUGCCGAAAGCAGAAGUGGAGCGUUUUAUUAUCGAUUGCAUGACAAAAGUCGGAACAAAGCGGACACAUGCUGUGAGCCUGGCGAGCAAUUUGAUGACAGCCGAUUACAGGGGCCAUUAUAGUCAUGGCAUGAACAGAUUAGAUCUGUAUGUAAAUGACAUCAGAACAGGGAUCACGGUGAGUAAAGAUGAACCUUCAAUAGAGAAGGAGACAGUGUCUACUGCAAUGGUGUGUGGUAACAAUGUGCUGGGUCCAGUGGUAGGAAACUUCUGCAUGAAGCUGGCAAUAAAGAAGGCAAAGGAGACCGGUGUAGGAUGGGUGGUUGCAAAUAGUUCCAAUCAUUAUGGAAUAGCAGGAUACUAUUCCAUGCUUGCUUCUGAUGAAGGACUGCUGGGCAUGUCCUUCACCAAUACCUCACCUUUAGUUGUUCCAACACGAGCAAAGGAGGCUGUUUUAGGUACCAACCCAAUAAGUUUGGCAGCCCCUGGAAAGAAGGGUGACAGUUUUGUGCUUGACAUGGCCACCUCUACAUGUGCCUUGGGAAAGAUAGAGCUGCAUGAUAGAAAAAAUAUAAGGAUACCUCUGGGAUGGGGUGUAGACAGUCAGGGAAAGAUGAGCGAUGAGCCCAAGCCCGUGCUGAAUGGUGGGGGCCUGAUGCCCCUAGGUGGGGCUGAGGAGACCAGCGGCUACAAGGGCUACGGGCUGGCCAUGAUGGUGGAGAUAUUCUGUGGCAUACUGGGCAAUGCUGCCUACGGACCUAACAUACGCAAGUGGAAAACCACGGACAGGGUGGCUAACUUGGGCCAGUGUUUUAUUGCUGUGGACCCGGAAGCCUUUGGGCCUGGUUUCUCAGACAGACUGGACGAUCUUAUGAACAGCUGCCGACGGCUUGAAAAUGCUGAUGAUGAAGAAGAGGUGCUGGUAGCAGGUGAUCCAGAGAGACAGCACAUGUCCAUGUGUGACAUCCGAGGAGGCAUACCAUACCAUCAGAGACAGAUCGAGUACGCUGAUGAACUUGCAGAGAAGCUUGGUGUAAAACCAAUGAAGAAAUGUUAAUAACCAUUCUGAUGUAUCCAGAAUUUUGAUGGACCAAACAAAAUAUUUACAAUACCAAAGACAGCUCCUGAUGUGAAUGCAAGUUGAAUGACUCUCACUUAUUUUGUGUUGGUUUCUGGUAUGAUAUAAUUUUGCUACAGUUAUAACUAUUUCUAUUUUACUGUAUGCCACAAGUAUCAUUAAACAAAGAUGAAUGUAUGCUAACUCCUCGGAAUGAUGUUUGUUUUGUGUUUGUUAAGUUUAACCUUAUUAAUGACAGGUUGUUGAUAUGGAUUUUUUGAUGGACUUCAUGCUUAUAAUGUUAUGUGGUUUAAAGUUUUUGUUGUUUUUCAUAAAAAAUAAUGUUAUACAAAUUGAACAGUAUUAAUACAAGAAUACUUUUAAGUAUUUUUAUUAUUUUAUUAACACAUGUAUGUUUAAAGUGUUUUUUUUAUAUUAGGCAUUUAAAUGUAUUCGAAACAGUUCAUUAUUCUGGUGUAAUAAAAGGUGAUCAAAACUUUUAGUUACAACAACAUUGUAAUGUUAAGUGCAGUGCAUUCUAACUUAAGCAUUAUGUUCUGGUAAUGUUUGGGCUUUAUUUGCCAUGUUGCUUCAAAUUAAAAAUAUUUUAUGCUAAAUGUUAUAUUAUUACAAUGACAAUAUAUCUUGAUACAACUUCAUGCUUCUUAAUAAAACACAUAUAUUGUGUGUAUGAUUUCUUAACAAUUACACAUGUCUAGAAAACAUUGUAAAAUUUGUGGACAAAAUAGGUCACAUUUUUAUUGGUUUGUCUAUGUAACAAACAGAACACGAGUUUUAAUGUGUGCAAACAUACAAAAAUUGCAGCUGAAGUCAUCUUACAAUAAACUUGCACAUAAAUCAAACUUAACUGAAAGUAUUUUUUUAUUCAGUAACUCUGAAUUUGAAUGUUUGUGUUCAUUUUGUGACUGCAACAUUGCCUAUGCUCCACAAUGCUUCAUUUAGAAUUGUAUUGGAGACAUAUCCACAACUAGAUGUGAGUGAUCUAAGACUUAAUAAGUGCCAUUAUCAUUUACUGUUGGAUUUUGUAGUUAAGAUUAGUAAUUAUCAUCUAUUAUACUGUGCUAUGUUCACUUGAUUUUAUACAAUCAUAUUAAAAAUUUCGGUUAAGUGCAAUAUGUUUCAACUUAUUAUAAUACACUAUUAUUACAUGUUCGAAAAAUAGUUUCACCUGAGAAAUGUCAUAAGCUGUUGUGUAGUAUUAUAAUAAAAUAAAUGUUUGAAUGAUAA